UUGACCAACAUAUGACCCAACGUUGUACCUAUAAAUCUCAAGAACCAUUAGUUAUGAAAACCAAUUUGUAGUUGUUUACUGAUCAUUAGAGAUGGAAAAGAAAAGUAGGGCUCCAUUCAUGCUAGCAUUUCUAGCCAUCCUGCUGUGUUCUUCAUCUUCUUCAAUACUAUGCUCAAACAUCGAAGCUGAAGACAUGGCUGAGCUUGAGCUCGGCAGCGCCGCCACCACCUCCGACGCGCCGCCGCUCAACUCCUGCAAUCAGAUAUGCAAUACAAACGCUGAUUGUAAAGGUAGUGAGGAGUGUCCGUCUUGUAACCACAACCCAGCCACACCUCAAAAAGAAUGUGGCCCUAUUGGGCGUAUCAAGCUGUGGCCAACACAUGAUGAAGAGAAUAUUUGGAUAAACCAAUGAAAUUCACAACAUAAUUGAUCGGUUCGAAU